UCAUGUAGGCCUCGUAGCCCACAGUGUUUAUGCUUUAGACACGCCCACUCUUGUGACACGCCCACUUUGAUUCAGCAGAUAACACCUUCUCGAACACCCAGCGAAUCCCUCCUCAAGUGGGUGGAGCCUUUCCCUCUUUCCAUUGAGUUUUUCUCCCAGUAGUUGGGCCUCCCUCUCUCUCCCUCAGUGGGCGGAGCCUCCUCUCCCUCAGUGGGCGGAGCCUCCUCUCCCUCCUCUGUCAGUAUUUAAGUGGUUCCAGUCUGGGUUUUGGACCCUCAGCAGCAGCAGCACCAGUAAAGCGUCACCCUGGAGCCCUGGUACUCUUACACCCACUGGUUCCCCAUGGCCUCGGCCCACGUGAUGAAGGAAGGCGGGCCAGAACCGAUACCCCGCAUGCAGCCCGCCAUGAUGAUGUUCUCCAGCAAGUACUGGUCCAGGAGGGGGAUGUCCCUGGACUCUGCCAUGUUCGACCACCAGAACCAGCAGCAGCAGAAACACACCGGGGGGCGGAUGUCGAGACGGACGUCGUUCUGUCCCAUCGACGAGAGACCGGACUGUGAGAACGCCGAGGAUUCUGGGAAAACUGCGGUGGUGUUUUCUCUGAAGAACGAGGUCGGCUGUCUGGUCAGAGCCCUCAGACUGUUCCAGGAGAAGCGGGUCAACCUGAACCACAUCGAGUCCCGGAUGUCCAAACGGGUCCCGAACGAGGUGGAGAUCUUUGCCAGCUGCAGCUGCAGCAAGAAGGAGUUCAACGAGCUGCUGCAGCACCUGAAGGACCAGGUCAACAUCGUCUCCUUCAACACACCUGCAAACGUCUGGUCUGCUGAGGCAGACGAUGAGGACGUCCCCUGGUUCCCCAUGAAGAUCUCUGAGCUGGAUCAGUGUUCUCACAGAGUCCUGAUGUAUGGGUCUGAGCUGGACGCCGACCACCCUGGUUUUAAAGACAACGUUUAUCGUGAGCGCAGGAAGUAUUUUGUGGAAGUGGCCAUGAAUUAUAAAUUCGGGAAGCCCAUUCCUCGCAUCGACUACACGCCGGAGGAGGUGAGGACGUGGGGCGUGGUGUUCCGGGAGCUGACCCAGCUGUACCCGACACACGCCUGCAAGGAGCACCUGAAGAACCUGCCGCUGCUCACCAAGCACUGCGGCUACAGAGAGGACAACAUCCCCCAGCUGGAGGACGUGUCCCUGUUCCUCAGAGAGCGCUCUGGCUUCACGGUGCGGCCCGUCGCAGGUUACCUGUCUCCACGGGACUUCCUGGCUGGUUUGGCCUACAGGGUCUUCAACUGCACCCAGUACAUCCGCCACAGCAUCGACCCGCUCUACACCCCAGAACCGGACACGUGUCACGAGCUGCUGGGACACGUCCCUCUGCUGGCCGAUCCAAAGUUCGCCCAGUUCUCCCAGGAGAUCGGACUGGCCUCGCUGGGCGCGUCUGAUGAGGAUGUCCAGAAACUGGCCACGUGUUAUUUUUUCACCAUCGAGUUUGGACUCUGCAAACAGGACGGUCAGCUGAGAGCUUAUGGAGCCGGCUUACUGUCAUCCAUCGGAGAGCUCCAGCACGCCCUGUCAGAUAAAGCCUGCGUGAAGACGUUCGACCCGAAGACGACCUGCUUCCAGGAGUGUCUCAUCACCACCUUCCAGGAUGUUUACUUCGUCUCUGACAGCUUCGAGGAGGCCAAGGAGAAGAUGAGGGAGUUUGCGAAGACGAUCAAGCGUCCCUUCUCGGUGUACUACAACCCGUACACGCAGAGCGUGGACCUGCUGAAGGACACGCGCAGCAUCGAGACCGUGGUGCAGGACCUGCGCAGCGACCUCACCACCGUCUGCGACGCCCUCGGGAAGAUGAACACCUACAUGGGCAUCUGAGGCCGACGCCCACUCCAUCUGAUCUGUGAGCUGUGAUUGGUCCAAAUCCUGGCAGCACAUCAGCUGACUUCCUGUUUACUUAUGGUCUGAUUUGAGUUGGAGGUGCACCUGUUAAUCAGUCAGGUACAGGCAGAUGGCUCCUCCCCCUCAUCUUAAUGCACCUUUAAAGGGAUAUUCCACCACUUUUAAAGUGUUCUGUAGAUAACGAACUGUUAUUAUCUUACCUGUUGUAGAUAGGUCUUAGUUCUGACAAGCUAAAGGCUAAUCUGAUGUAGCACAGAAGUGGAGAUAAAUUAGAACUUCACUGCCAAAUGGCUGAAAUGUCCCUUUAAGUAUUUAUUUUACCUGCUCACCUGAGCUUCCUGUCAGGUAUCACUGAGUCGCCUGCAGCUUCUUCUCUGAAUAAAAUAAAAUAUUUAUUAUAUAAAUGUUUAAUUCAAACUCACACCCAUCUUCAACAGGAAAGGACCGAAUUCAAUUUUUUACAUUUCAAAAUAAAAGUUGGGCAGCCUGAUUUAUUUAUUUAUUUUAUUUGUUUUAAUCAGGGGUUGAUGUCUUUAUUGAACUUUCAGAACCAGAACCACAGAGCAGGUUUGUGGGUCCAUCCUCCCACUGAAAUGGAAACGUUUUGUCUGAAUUAUUUAUUUUCUCUUGUUUUCGUGCUGCUGUUUGUUCAUGUGAAGCAUUUUUGUUGUGAAGUGAAAUAAUCAAAAUUAAAAAAAUAAAAUAAAUAAACUCAAAUAGAACAGUU